AUGAGAGGCGGUCACGAUCCCGUGAGAGGCGGUCACGAGCCCGUGAGAGGCGGUCACGAGCCCGUGAGAGGCGGCCACGAGCCCGUGAGAGGUGGUCACGAGCCCGUGAGAGGCGGCCACGAGCCCGUGAGAGGCGGUCACGAGCCCGUGAGAGGCGGUCACGAGCCCGUGAGAGGCGGUCACGAGCCCGUGAGAGGCGGUCACGAGCCCGUGAGAGGCGGUCACGAUCCCGUGAGAGGCGGUCACGAGCCCGUGAGAGGCGGUCACGAGCCCGUGAGAGGCGGUCACGAGCCCGUGAGAGGCGGUCACGAGCCCGUGAGAGGCGGCCACGAGCCCGUGAGAGGCGGUCACGAGCCCGUGAGAGGCGGUCACGAGCCCGUGAGAGGCGGUCACGAGCCCUCAAAACUGGAGCGCAGUACAGAAUGUCAGCAACAGUCAAAUGUGCAAUCUGUUAGUAAACUAGGAUAA